GUGGUUUCGUGGAGGUGUAAUGAUUCCUUGUCUGAGGUGGUGGAGAAAGUAUCAUAAGACCGGCCACCAUUUUUUUUAAUCAAUAUUUCAUUAUAAAUUGUUGAGUCAUUUCUAUAAUAAUGCACAACUGUUAUUGUUCUUCUCCUUUAACACAAAGACCCUUCGGCAUAUUUGCCUAAAGUCUCACAGGUGAAGCAGAAUCAAGGUACUAAAAAUUGAUGGAGACUCUUAUAUCAAACUGGUCCAAUGUCCUAUCCCUCCCUGAGGACUACAUAUUCCCACCAGAAUCAAGACCAGGGAACCUCAAAAUCCCCUGCAGCAACGACAUCCCAGUGAUUGAUCUCAGUGAAGCACAGAAAGGUGAUAGAACACAUACAAUUCAGAAGCUUAUCAAGGCUGCUGAGGAGUUUGGAUUCUUUCAGGUUAUCAAUCAUGGGAUCUCAGUGAAUCUAAUGAACGAAACAAUGAGUGUUUUCAAGGAGUUAUUUCAUAUGCCGGCUGAGUACAAGAAAAACUUGUGUUCUGAUGAUUCUUCCAAGACAUGUAGGAUGUUUACUAGCAGUGUGAACUAUGCAACUGAAAAGGUUCAUCUUUGGAGGGACAAUUUUAGGCACCAAUGUCAUCCUUUGGAGCGGUGGCAACACUUGUGGCCUGAAAAUCCCACUAGAUACAGAGAGUGUGUUGGUGGUUGUUCAGUUGAAGUUAAAAAGUUGGCUUCGAGGAUCUUGAGUUUGAUUAGUGAAGGGCUUGGUCUGAAGUGUGGAUAUUUUGACAAUGAUCUUACUGGGUCAAUGACCAUGUCAGUUAAUCAUUAUCCACCAUGCCCUGAACCAAGUUUGACACUUGGAAUAACUAAGCACUCAGAUCCUAACCUCUUAACCAUUUUACUGCAAGAUGAUGUAUGCGGCCUUCAAGUAUUCAAGGAUGGAAAGUGGAUCGCUGUUGAGCCUCUUCCUCAUGCAUUUGUGGUAAACAUAGGCUACCAGUUGCAGAUAAUUAGUAAUGGUAAGUUACAGAGUGCUGAGCACCGGGCUGUGACAAAUUCACGUGAAGCACGCACAAGUGCUGCAUUUUUUGUAGCUCCUUCAGAUGAAUGUAUCGUAGAGCCAGCACAAGCUCUCACUAAUGAACAUCACCCGCCACUUUUUAAGUCUUUCAAAUACAAGGACUUCAAUGCGCACUACUUUGCCAAAUAUGGCGACACAGAUGUGGUGCUGAAAGCAUUUGAGGCUCAAAAAAUUAACUGAAAUUUGGACAGCAUAUAAGGUAUGAAUAAGUAUGAUAUCAAUGAUGUAAUGAUGGGAAGCCUUGGCAUCUUUCUGAGCGUUAGGCUUGACUGACUUAUUGGGAGAAAAGACCCUUCAAGAAAUAAAUGAAGUUGCUCAGUUUAGCACUAUUUUAAAGCACUAUUUCACCAUUUCAUAUGCAAUAUGUGGAUGCAAAUGGUUUUCAACAACCAAAACAUUGAUAUUGUU